UUGAAGGGGGCGUCUUAUCUGCGUACUUCUGCACACACGUGUCAAUUGAUCGUCGUUUUCCUUUUGCGCGUAGUCAAAAUCGGUAAUUAUUCGCUCUAACCGAAUGCUAUAUCCUAAAAGCGUUGGCAUCAACAACCCAAACAAAUAGUUAGCCAUACUUGCUAACAUUAGCACACAGUCGAGAAGGCGUUCGGAUAACUCACUUAUUAAUAGUUUUAUGGAUGUUACUCAGUUGUUUAAAGCACUGUGUGCUUUUCUCCAAAUGUCAGUAAAAGCAAAGUGGACGGAUUGUGUUAUUUACUGCUUUGAAGACUAGCUGUUGACGCACGGUUGCUUUAGCGGAAAUGUAGUUAGCAUGGAGCUGCUAACACUACUCUUUCUUCCACUCUCGCAACCUGCAAAUAUUGUUGCGUUUUUGGCAGGUUCACACGUGUGUUGUUUAUUUUUGACGCAUUCAAAAUAAAUGUAUUUUUGUGCUAACUGGCCCGAUGUAACAACGGCCUGUUUCAGUCCUGCGUGGUGAAUCAUGACAGCCGCUUUUCCUCAUCGUUACAAAGGAUUUUUCGUCACCUAAAUGUAGGUACGUGACAAAGUUUUAAAUGCAAAAUAUGACUUCACCUUAAAAAAAAAUUACAAUGCAAAGACCAAGGGAAAAAAACGUCCCAAUGGUAUUUGAACCGCUGCAAUAGACUACAUUUUAAGGGAGCUUUAAAGGCCUACUGAAAUGAGAUUUUCUUAUUCAAACGGGAAUAGCAGGUCCAUUCUAUGUGUCCUACUUGAUCAUUUUGCGAUAUUGCCAUAUUUUUGCUGUAAGGAUUUAGUAGAGAACAUCAACGAUAAAGUUCGCAACUUUUGGUCGCUAAUAGAAAAGCCUUGCCUUUACCGGAAGUAUGUGCGCGUGAUGUCACGAGUUGCAUGGCUCCACACAUAUUCAUUGUUUUUAAUGGGAGCCACUGGCAGUAAGAGCAAUUCUGACUGAGAAAGCGACAAUUUCCCCAUUAAUUUGAGCGAGGAUGAAAGAUUUGUGAAUUAGGAUAUUGAUAGUGGAAGACUAGAAAAAAGAAAAAAAAGCGACAGCUCCGGGCGGUAGCAGUGUGUGUGUGAGACAGGCUUGUGUCGUGGGGUCUUCAGGACCGAAGGAUCACAGCAGGUGUUCAAGUUUACAAUUCUUUUUAAUCUCUUUACACACAAUAUUUCUUCUUUUGCUUGUUCACAAAUGUCUUUUCUUUUCAUUUUUAUUUUUUCACAACAUUUCGUUUUCUUUGUUAGUUCACCAAGUCUUUUCAGUCUCAGUUCGGUCCUCCAACAACCUCUCUGGCGUCAUCAGCGCCUCCUGGGGUUCUUCUGGCUUUUCAGCCUCGCCCUGCGCUCAUCAACGCUGCUAAAUAGAGACAGGUGAUUAGACAACUCGUUCCAGCUGAGGUGUCCACUCACCUGUCAUCUGCUUCCAGCUGGCUCCUGUGCAUGCCCCUUUGACAGGCGGCGCGUGACCACGCCCUGCCUCCCACAGUGUGUUUCAGAUGUAAUUAGACACAUUUACUAGGAUAAUUCUGGAAGAUCCCAUAUCUGCUUAUUGUUUUAAUAGUGUUUUAGUGAGAUUUUAAAGAUUGUAAAGACAUACCUCGAGGUCGGAUGGCUGCGGGGAACACGAAGUGUCUCAGAGAGAAGCUGAGGAGCCACGCUCAGCUUUCUUUUAAACCGCUGCUGCAGGACGACGAAUAUUCCAAUGAUUUCUCCGGGGGAAACUCGGCCGCUAUCCACCAUGGCCCGGAAAGGUAGUGAGCCCUCCCAAGGAUCUGAAAAAACCAAGAGGCAAAAAAUGCCAUUUUGUCAAAUUCUUUGGAACAGAAGACCAUGCCUGGAUUAAAGUGGAACAGCUGAAACCCUACCAUGCCCACAAAGAAGAGAUGAUCAAAAUAAAUAAAGGCAAGCGCUUUCAGCAGGCUGUCGACGCGGUGGAAGACUUCCUCAAAAAAUCCAAGGGGAAAGAGCAGAACUCUGAGGGUAAAGGAGAGUCGAAAGGAAAGAAGACCCCAAACAAGCCACUAAAGAUACUGGAUGAGGAUGAUGAGGAUCUCAGUGCCUUGAGAGAUCCCUCUGAGAAGGACUUAACUGACUCUGACCCCGAGCCGUCCACUAUUGAGAGGCUGGGGGCUGGACCUGGAUUCAAAUGGGAAAGCAGUCCUGUGAAGGACGACCCACAUUUCCAUCACUUCCUGCUUAGCCAGUCUGAGAAGCCUGCCCCAUCCAUGGAACCAAUAAGCAAGCGUCUAAAAGUUAUUGAGGAGGACAGGGCAUCAACAUCCAUUCAGGCAGCAGACAGCACGGCAAUCAACGGCAGCAUCACCCCCACAGAUAAAAGGAUAGGGUUCCUCGGUCUAGGGCUGAUGGGGAGCGGCAUCGUCUCCAACUUGCUGAAAAUGGGCCAUGUUGUCACGGUGUGGAACCGCACAGCAGAGAAGUGUGACCUGUUCAUCCAAGAAGGUGCCCGCUUGGGUCGGACCCCUGCAGAAGUUGCUUCCAUGUGCGAUAUUACUUUCUCUUGCGUAUCUGACCCAAAGGCUGCCAGAGAUUUGGUUUUGGGUCCCAGUGGAGUGCUGCAGGGAAUCCGGCCGGGCAAGUGUUACGUAGAGAUGAGUACGGUGGAUCCGGAGACCAUCACAGAACUCUCCCAGGUGAUCACUUCAAGGGGUGGACGUUUCCUGGAGGCUCCGGUGGCAGGAAGCCAGCAACUCUCCAAUGACGGAAUGUUGGUCAUCUUGGCCGCCGGUGACCGAACAGUUUAUGAGGACUGCAGCAGCUGCUUUCAGGCAAUGGGAAAAACUUCCUUCUUCUUGGGCGACGCAGGGAAUGCAGCGAGGAUGAUGCUCAUCCUCAACAUGGUGCACGGCAGCUUCAUGGCCACCAUCGCAGAAGGGCUCACACUGGCACAGGCCACUGGCCAAUCACAGCAGACCCUGCUCGACAUCCUAUGCCAGGGCCAGAUGGCAAGCACCUUUGUGGACCAAAAAUGCCAAAACAUUUUACAGGGCAACUUUAAGCCAGACUACUAUUUGAAGCACAUUCAGAAAGACUUGAGGUUAGCCAUCUCCAUGGGUGACAUGGCCAACCAUCCCACCCCCAUGGCUGCAGCUGCAAAUGAGGUGUACAAGAGGGCCAAGGCGCUGGACCAGUCAGACAAUGACAUGUCUGCAGUCUACAGAGCCUACAUUCAUUAGUCUUUCAUCCUUCUUCAUUUCUCCUUUUAAUUUCUUAGAUUCUCUCAUUUGAUUAUUCCCCCCACUAGGAUGGGAGUGUUUUUGUUUGAAUGCCAGAAAACAUUGCACUGAUCUGAGUGAAGUAGUGUAGGACCACUGAGGAGCAGCUUGUUUUGGCAAAUGUUUCUAUGUGCAGAUUUCAUUUCAUGGACUUUUUGGCUUUUUUCCCCCUUUUAAAAAUCGCAAAUUCCAAGAGUGAGAGACAGAAUAUGCCACUACAUUGCCUUAAUAGACUAAUCCCGCAAAUUCUCAAUAAGGACUUUAUUUAUUUAUGACUAGAUUUUCUUUGUGUUGACACAUUUCUGUACCUGACAAAGGCAAGUUCUGCUUUUAUGUUGUUUGUUGUAGUGAGCCAUCCCAUUAACACCUUAUAGUAUGCAGUAAUAACUAGUUUGGAGAAGUUCUCGUUUGUCUUUCAAUUGUUAUCCUGCAACAACAUGAACCUUAUUUUCACCCCAAUAUAAGAUUUUUACCCUGGAAAAGUGAAAAGAUGCCUGUUUUGUCAGUCAUAAAAGCGUUGAAAAUAUGUAUUAUAUGUUACAGAUUCCACACAUCAAGAUAAAACAAGACAGUUUUGAUGCUUCCAGUGUGUUAUGAUUAGAGAUGUAACGAUAAACAGCAAUAAUACCCUCAAUAAAACAUCAGACAGUAUUAAAUAACCGCACUUUGAUAAACCAAUUUACCGGAGAAGCAAGCUAGCUUAAAUGCUAACAUGAAUUCAAGACACAUUUCGUUAAGAAGCGACACACCCCAAUUUAAACGUGUAUAAACACAUUCUUGUCUGAGCAAAUAAGCUAUAUAAUUGUGUACUUUGAACCUACAGAAUGAUGGAUCUAUAGAUAUGAUUAUGACCGUCAUAUGAGAAAAACACUCAAAUAGUAAAAUGGCUCUGAAGAAGAACAUUUUUUCAUAUUUUCCUACUAAGGAAGUAAAUCUAGUAUUAUGCUAGUGUGUACUUUUUGAGCACAUUCAACAAAACCGGGAUAUUAUAUGUUCUUAUUGUUACAUCGCUAGUUUUACGUUACAGUUUGAAGGGAGUGUCUUUAUAUCAUGUAGAGGUCACCAAUGUGGCAAUUUAUAAAAAGUAAACAUCUUUUUUUUACUUGAUCAUGUUAGGGUCACCAAUGUGAUAAUUAAGUAAAACUCAGAACAUAUUUUCAAAUUUUCUUGUAAUCAGAUCAUGUUUUGACUGUCCUCACCAGUCUUCAGAAGGGUCACCUGACCACUGUGACGUGUAGCCUCUCAGAUGUUCUUAUAGGCGUGGCCAACUUGGCAGACUGCUUAACUCUACCUGGUUGGCAAGACCACUGGAAAGUUUACAGGAAGCCUAAAACCUGCCAUAUCAGAUGAUUGCAAAAUAAAUAACCACAGCGUGGCGCAGUGGCAGAGUGGCCGUGCGCAACCCGAGGGGCCCUGGUUCAAAUCCCACCUAGUACCAACCUCGUCACGUCCGUUGUGUCCUGAGCAAGACACUUCACCCUUGGUCCUGAUGGGUGCUGGUUAGCGCCUUGCAUGGCAGCUCCCUCCAUCAGUGUGUGAAUGUGUGUGUGAAUGGGUAAAUGUGGAAAUAGUGUCAAGGCGCUUUGAGUACCUUGAAGGUAGAAAAGCGCUAUACAAGUACAACCCAUUUACCCCAUUUAUCAUUGACCAGGACAACAGCAAAAUCAUUGGCACAGAAAUUAUAACGAGGAUACGAUCGAACUAAGGAAGCGACCCAAGGAGACCUUGCAUACCUGGGACUCCAUACUCUAUUAGCCAUCAGGCUGCGGGGGAGGGGGAAACCAACCAGGUAGACUUGACAGGUCUGCCAGGCUGGCCACGCCUAUAAGAACUGCUGAAAGGCAUCAGUGGUCGGGUGACCCUUCUGAAGAAGACUGUAGAUGACAGUCAAAUAUGUCAGGUAAAUAUACUGAAAAGAUGGUCUGAUUACAAGAACAUUUAAAAGGUAUAUGAAUGAAAAUACCUAAUGAACCUUUUUGAGCAGAAUAAAAACAUACUUAUUUUAAUUAAUUAUGUCAGGGUGACCAAUGUGACGAUUUGGAGAAAACUAAACAUUUUCAUUGUAAGACUGCCAGUGUAAAACUGAAUAAUAGGAAGUAGUCGUUCCUGAUGCACCUAAACUCUCACACCACCACCCCAGACCGACUACUGGGUGAGCGACAUGACCACCGCCCUUCUGUCCUUCUACUGAUCCAGACCACAGUCAUCCAAUGUGACCUAACAAAACUGAAGAAGAAACAUUGCAACAACCUGGAAAAAAAAAUUUCGGGGACUGCUUUUGACAGAAAACUUCCAAACUAUUGAAAGAAAAGCGUGAAGAUGGACUUUAUAAUCCGGCGAGUUAGAGGUGAGUAUGUUAACAAAAGUCUCAACAGCACCCAUAAACAAUUUUCUUCGUAAUAUGAAACUUCAGCAGAGAUUAUCAUGGUCCUAAUUGCAAGUAGCAUUAAAUAUUGAUUCAUACAAUAUUUGAAUUAAUAUCUAAAACAUUUGAUUUUCACCUAACUCUGCAAAAUAGGGAGUCGGUCGUCUUACAUUCGGGCAAAGAUGUACUUUUAACUAAAUUCAACUAUUUUUGGUGGGGUAGUUUUUCAAGAGAAAUCUGUUUUCAAAAACAAGUUUGAUAAUUGUUUUAUUGACAGAAAUGUCACCAGCUUGAUAUAUUUCUUAGAUCAGAGCGGGUACUACUAACAAGUCAUGAACAUGUUGCUUUAUUUCUUUUGUGGGAGUGGAAGUGAUGUCUAAUGACCAAGCAAAUGACAGAAGUGGCUCAUAAAAAGAACCAAUAUUGUGACAAUGUUUGAACCAGGUUGACUGUAAAUGUCCUAAUCAUUAUGCAUGCUCAUUUAAGGUUUCAGGGUGAUUAACGACUUCUAGGUUUGACAUUUGACUUCAUCAUGCAGUGUAACAAAUGUAAAUAAUAGCACAUUAAGGACAAAAUAUUUUAUAUCUUCAAGUUACUGAAACAUUUGGUUCCGACUUUUCAAAGCAACAAUAUCAUGGGUUUUUGUUUGCAGAAUUAUUCAAUUGGAUCCAUUUUAAGAAGAAAUAUUUUACUUUGGGGUUAUGAUUUUUUUGUGUACAUGUGGAAAUAAUAUCAAGGCUUUUGUGCUGUUUAAUAAAUCCUCUCCUGAUUACAAACAUGAA